UCUAAGGAGGAACUUAUAGUUUCUGUGCUGUUUGAAGCUUACUAAUAGAGGCUCACCCAGAUACCGCAGUAAAACACGGCUAUGGCGUUGAAAGCAACUUUUCUGCUCAGCAUCGUUUUCUUGGCACUUACAGAAGCCAGCAACAAGAAUCCGCUAUAUUCCUCACGAUGCAAGGGAGAUUCUUGUCCCAGACCAAAGGAUUACUUACAAGAUAACAAGAAAUUUCGUCCUAUCUCCUGCCUUGAUUAUUUGCUUAAGGGUGCAUCCACCUGUGGUAUGUACCGCCUCUAUGACUCUACCGGCAACAGUUUCCCAGCCUACUGUGAUUUCAAGUCCGAGCCUGGUUUGGCAUGGACUCUGGUAAUGUCCUGGGCCAACAAAUAUCGUAAGGUGUCUAACCUCCGGGGAAAUCCUUUUAAGCAAAACGCUCCUGUGAACGAAAACUCUCUGAUCUGGAAUAUGUACCGCCUGAGUCUGACUCGAAUGAGGUCACUACAAGCCCACUCCACUCACUGGCGCGCAACCUGCAGCUACCCGACCCAUGGCGUUGAUUUCACAGACUACGUCCGCGGCAAUUUCAAGGACUUCAACAUUGUCGACUUUAUUGGGGGUGGUAAGUGCAAAAAGGUGGAGUUUGUGAAUAUCCGGGGGCACAUAGGUAUUCAUCUCACCGCAAAGUUUUGGCAGAGCACUAGUGCCAUGUUGCGCAUCGUCAGCAGCCAUGCUGGCUGCAAUUUUGACCCAAGGUCCGGUUCAGUGUCAGGCGAGGAUAACUUUGGUUAUUAUAGCGACAUCAACCACAAGUUCCGUUGCACAGCAGGUGAUCUUUCCACCACCCAGUGGUGGUUUGGCGCCCAUCUGUGACCAGCAGUGGCACCAAGAGGGUCUUCAAAAAGACAGAAAACGAAGCUCUCAGCGGAAAAGUAUUCAUUCUGCAAACUAGAUUUAGGAAAUAACAAUGUAACCUUUCGAAUACUCUUCAAUAAAGACUGAGGUCUCAAAGAACUGAGCGGUGAAUGUAUCCUUGCUGAGAAGCUUUUGGUUAUUGUUGCGUUUCUUUUAUGCGCUCUUUUGACGAGAAGAAACUUCAAUGCCAUAAUACAUUUUUUGUACAAGUUUCUUUCAGCUUCGUCACAACAAUGCACGUGCGUAAAUGCCAUCAUGCUCAUUGGCUGAGAGCAGGUCAAGGUCCCAAUC